UGACUGGCAGUUGUGAGUGCGACUGAGAAAGGCCUGUGAAGCUGAGUUCAAGGCCGGCAGGGAGAAGGUGGUAUAUGGAGCCUGGGCUGAUUUCGAAUGAAAAUUUAAGCCCCAGCUAUGGCUGUUACAAAGAAAGGAAAAGCAGCUGCCGAUAAGCGUGUAGCUCAAAAGGACAAUGUGUAUGAGAACAUGCAGGAAUCACAGGAAGUCCCCAUGUCCAGCCACCUUGACGAAGUCGUUGCUGCUGUCAGCGUCACUUCUAAAAAGAGGACCCCAAACAAGCUGCCUCAGACAGCACUGUUCCAGGCCCCUCGAGAGAAACUCCACCUGUGCGCAGAGAGAGCAAAGUCCUACUCCAACAGCCAUGAGUACAAACAGGCCAUCCAGGAGCUUGUGCGCUGUGUGGCAUUGACAAGAAUUUGCUAUGGCGACUCACACUGGAAACUAGCAGAAGCCUACAUUAAUCUGGCUCAAGGCUACCUCCAGCUGAAAGGGCUGUCACUACAAGCAAAGCAACAUGCCGAAAAAGCCAAAGAAAUCCUGGCCAGCUCCAUUGAGCAUCCCUACCAUGACAAUACAGCCAUCUUCAAGUGUUCCAUAGAGCUUUUCUAUACCAUGGGCAGAGCCCUGCUCGCCCUUCAGAAAUUUAAAGAAGCCUCAGAGAACUUGAUAAAAGCCGAGAAACUUUCCAAGGAGAUGCUGCAAUGUGGGAACAUUAUAAAGGAGGAGUGGGUAGAAAUCCAAGCGCGGAUCAAGUUGUCCUUUGCACAGCUGUAUCAAGGUCAGAAAAGAUCAAAAGAAGCUUUGCCCUUCUAUCAAAAGGCUUUGGAGUAUACUGAGAUUGUCAGAGAUGAAAAAAGUCUCGACUGUGUACCAGUACUAAGGGAACUGGCAGGCGUGGAGCAAGCCCUGGGAUUCCACGAUGCUGCUAUCAAUCAUUUCUCACAGGCACAUCUCAUCGUCCUGAGUAAAAAUCCCUCCCCAGAGGAGGCCGCAGAUUCCGCACACUUUAUUGCCCGGGCUGCUGUUGCUUCUGGGAAGCAGGACCACCACGAUGUGGCCGAGCAGUAUUUUCAGGAAAGCAUGACUCAUAUGAAGGAUUCCGAAGGAGCAGGAAGAACCAAGUUCCUUUCGAUUCAAGAUGAAUUUUGCAAUUUUCUGCAAAUCACUGGACAAAAAGAAAGAGCAACCAUGAUCCUGAGAGAGUCCCUGGAAGCCAAAGUAGGAGCAUUUGGUGACUUCAGUCCGGAGGUGGCAGAAACAUACCGGGUCCUGGGCAGGGCAGAGCUGGCACAGGGCAACCACAACGGAGCAUACACGAAACUGAAGAAGGGACUUAGGGGCCAGGGAGAAGAGAUCUCAAGCACCAAAGAGUGUGUUCAGAUCGAGACGUUCUUAUAUGGAUCUCAGGACAAGAGGACCCUGGCCACCCAGCAGACCAUAGACACACUGUCCAAGAUCUCUGAGGCUGCCCCGAAGCCAAGGCAAACCCUGAAAGCCAAGGCGGCAUUCUGCACCAGUGUUCCUCAGUACACUGUGCCGGGGAAGGCCAGGCACAGUGUGGCAGACUGACUCCCCCCUUCCCACCGCCCGCCCCUCGCCCCCGCCGCCACAGUGUGCCCCAAAGAAAGCUUUGAGAAAGACUUGGCACUGCCUUUAGGGAUUUAUCAGUCACUGCAGAUUUUUAAGGCUGUUUGCUCUAGCAUGCCACAGCAGUACCAUGAAUCGUCCACGUCUCCACUGUGGACGGACGCCCUUCAGGGCGAUCUGGUGCCUUGGUUAUCUUUAUUUGCAUCACUUUGGUCGUUUCUCUCACCAAGGAGAAUUUCCUGUCAUCUCUCCUGUGCCUGACUGUUCCAGAGGUGGAGCUUCCCUGCAGGAGAGAGACUGCCUGCCG